UCGUUGCCUCGCUCCUCCAGGCGACGAGGCAAACGCUCUCCAGGCAUACAGCCAGCCAGCAACCAGAGUCAGUUCGCCAACCGCGCGGCUACUGUACGCACGUGUGUAACUGCUACAAACAACUUCCAAAAAACUUUCGAACUUUGUAAACAUUGUCGCUGAAUAGUUUAUUUUUAAAUUUCAUAAGGAAAUUACAUUAAACGAAUCGUACAUUUGAAGUUAAAAAUUAUUGUGUGGGGCGUGCCGUUUUUGUUGAUAAAAUAUCCGUCCGUUCAGUCACUGGUCGAAUCGAUUUUACGAAGAGUUGUGCCGCAGUAUCGAGGAACUGGAAGACUUUUUUGGAUUAUGCUAAUGUGUGAGACGAUUUUUAGAAUCGAUGUGAACGUGCGUAGUGAAAUCUAGUUUUAAAUUUACUUUGACUAGUUUUCAUGUUGUGUUAACUUCGUAUUGUGGUAUAAAAUGUAUGGUGGUUUAUUUAUAAUGCUCCGUCCGUAAUCCCACGCCUAUACUAAAAUAAAACUCUGUUUUAAGUAUUAUAAGACCAUGUAAUGUGCUCGUCGGCUUUUCACAAAUCGUUCGCUCCGGCCGUAAGCUGGAAUCCCUAUAGUUUCUAUUUAUUUCAAGUGCGGAUAAAUCGACCUCGAAUAGGAUUUGACGCAACUAGUUAGAUAUUUUGAUUCAAAAUGAUGUGGCCUUCUUCGCAAGCCAGUAAAAUUCUAACCUUUCUUCUGUUGAUCACUAUCCUAUAUUGCAUUUGUAUGGAUACAUUCUUAUUUUUAAGGAUACAGAAAUAUAAUAUAGAUAUUUACGAUGUUGGUCCCGAAAAUGGAACGCAAGAGACAUCGACACAGAAGAACAUACAGUUAGAGAAUUACGAAGAUGUCACGUGGGUGCCUUGCCAUAUUAAUCCGUUAUGUCAUCCCACGGUCAAAGCUUUGAUGGUUGAUCAUAUAAACCAUUAUAUCUACGGCCCUUUAUGUGCUAUAGUCGAUAUAGGAUUAGGAAUUUCAGAAAAUAUGCUAUUUAUAACGCCAAAUAUUAUUUCCUUCUUCCAUGUUUUUGUGGCUUGUGUUGGAGCUAAGCUUCUAACAUGCCAGAAUUUAGCAUUACGUCGUUUGGCGGUGGUUCUAUUUCAAUUAAGAAUGUUUUUGGACGAUUUAGAUGGGCAUGUUGCUAGAGAGAGAAAGCAUAUAAAAGGCGAGAGAUCCGAAGUGGGUACACUGGGUUACUGGGUUGACGGGAUUUGCGAUUUGUUGGGUGUUAUAGCCAUGAUGAUUGGUAUAUUACUUUAUUUGAAAAAUAAUCCACCGAGACGUGGGUAUAAAGGUACCCCAGUAAGUACUUUACCGUACCAUCAGCUAAAAGAAAUAAAUACAUCUGAGGAUAUAGAAAAAGAGCAUACCGCAGAAGUUGGUAUUUCUUAUAAGACUAAAGUAAGCUUCCAAAGGAUAGUUCAAGUUUUGGGAUUGUUUUCUGGUCAGAUGAUGCUAUCUUCGAUCGCUUGGAACCGAUACAUAGAUGUUUACCAAGAUUUGCUUGAGAAUUGUACGCAAUACGACGUCAUCAGAAGAGCGACCAUGUUCAAAUCUGGUUUGUUCUUCUUUGCGACAGCUUUAUGGAGGGUUGUGAACCCACACAGUUAUCUCCACCUUCUUUCCCUUGCUGUGUUCUGUGAUAAAACCUGGAGCUUCCUUAAAACAGUGCAUUAUAGUGGGUAUAUCUGUCUGGUUAUAGCUGUGGCCACAUCGGAAUAUUUGGUGGAGAAUAUUCGAUCGUAUGUUGUAAGUUAGGGCAAAUAGUCAUGAACUCUUAAGUUGUUGACACACUGAUGUUUAUGUAAUGAUUGUAUUUGUGAAUGAAAAUUCUCAUUAUAGUAUACGAAAUUAAAAAAUAUAGUCUAAGCUUUUCAAUAAGCAAUAAAACACAUGGUGUUAUCGGGUGGUGUGGUUUUGUUGACUUUGACCUUGGAAAGUAAUCGAUUACGAUUGUAUUCGUUACGAUUCGAAUCAAAACGAUUUUAUUUAAACUUUGUAUCCUAAUUAUAUUGAACGUUGCAUUUAGGGAACGGAUUAUUCACGGGGCAUUCCCAUGUUGACUAUAAUUGUUUUUUUUUUAACAUAUUUUAUGGCCACGUAUGGUCCUUAUCACUUCCAAACAGUUUCCGGGAUGUA